AUGCGUCUCCUGGUCCUGAUGCUUCUUGGUUGGGUUGGCGCACCAGGUAAGAGGGCGCACGUCGAUCGGGACCGGGGAUUCCCCCUCCUCGACUCUCCCUCCCUCUCUUCUUCCUCCCCCCACCCACCACCCACAGCUCUCCCCUAUUACCGCCCCGUCCCUUCCAGCAACCGUCUCCCGGAUCCGCCAUCCGGCGCCCUCUGCGCUUCUUGGACGGGGCGGGCGCAGCUGCUGCUGCUCUCCUGCCAGGCGCCCAGGGCAGCAGCUGCGACGGCGUCCGCCUGGGAGGCGAGCCAAGGCUGCCGAGGGCAGAGGGAAGGGAUCUGCUUGGAAAGUUGGUCGUGGCGGCCCCCUCGCAUCCUCCCGACGACCUCUGCGCAGCGCCUGUUUGCUGCCGCCCCCUCCAAGAAAAGUGAACUGAGGUGGGCGCCAGAUCUGCUCAAAAGGGGUUUGGGUGCAAGCGAAGGGGCGGGGUGACGCGCGAACUGUUCCGAUGGCAUCGAUAAGUGACAGAUCUGUAAAUGGGAGCGUGCUAGUUUUAUAGCAUAGGAGCCAACUCCUAGGCACUGAGGUCUCUCCGGCCCCCCGGUAAAAUAUUUGAGGGGGCCAGGCCCCUUCAAAGUGGAUGGCCAUCGUCAUUCAAAUGGGUGGGGGUGGGGGUGCGCUGAGUCUUGUGAUCAAUUCUUUGGGGCGGGUCUUACCUGGGCCCGCCUCCCUGAUAUUUUAUUCAAGCUGGCACCCCUGUUUUACAGGUAUAUACGUUUGUCAAUCAAUCCUCUUAAUAUGACACACGGAUAAAUCAAUGUGCAAAAUGGUGGGUGAGAACCGUAAAUGCAAUAAAAAACAACAACCAAGUUGAAUAAACAGGAUUGGAGUAGAGGGUGAUAAUAUGCAUCUUUCUGAACAAGAAAACCCAUAUGGGACUAAAUUUAAGAGUGUGGAAUGCCACCUCAUGUUUUUAUUAUACAAUCCUGUUUGCUGUAAGUUCCUGGGAUUUUUCCUCCGCAGGAGAAUACAUUGUGAGAAGGGCAAAUGCACACUCUGGGCACAGAGGCACCGACUGGAGAGCUGUGAUUGGCCCUGGCUUUCCCGGGAUCACAUACCCACUGCCUGCUGGCGCUGUGGGUUAAACCACAGAGCCUAGGACUUGCCGAUCAGAAGGUCAGCGGUUCGAAUCCCCGCACCGGGGUGAGCUCCCGUUGCUCAGUCCCUGCUCCUGCCAACCUAGCAGUUCGAAAGCACAUCAAAGUGCAAGUAGAUAAAUAGGUACCACUCUGGCGGGAAGGUAAACGGUGUUUCCGUGCGCUGCUCUGGUUCGCCAGAAGUGGCUUCGCCAUGCUGGCCACAUGACCCGGAAGCUGUACGCCAGCUCCCUUGGCCAAUAAAGCGAGAUGAGCGCCGCAACCCUAGAGUCAUCCGCAACUAGACCUAAUGGUCAGGGGUCCCUUUACCUUUACUUUCCCCCUUGCAUUCAGCCCCUCUGGAAGGACACGUCAGUUUUUUCCUGCAAACUUUCUUCUGUAGUAACCUAUGCAUGGUACUCUUGGGGAUGCAACUUUUGUGUUUCUUGGCAAACUUUGACGUACAAAAUAGAUAACGGGCUGGCAUUGUUGUUGUUGUUACUGCUGCCGCCACUGUUUUCCUUGAAGUGGCAUAAUGAAUUUGCAAGCCGGUUUUGCCACAAAUUCUAGCAUUUGUGUUCACACUAGGUAUAGUCUCCCUUGGAAGUGCAAAAGGAGAUGCAAGAUAAAAUUAAUGUGAAUAGUCGCUCUUCAAUUUCUUACUCCAUCCUACCCCUGCAAUGUACCUGUGGUUUGAUUGAAGGACUGGGGAGGCUCUGUCUGCCUCAUCACAUCUAGGGACAUUCCAGCCAUGGUGGCAUGUCAGGUGACCCCUCUGAAUAUUUUUGGGGAGGCAAGCACAAGCACAUAUUGGUCAGUUGUCUGGUUUGGCACUCAGAGCCUGAAGUUACCGUAUUUUUUGCUCUAUAAGGCUCACUUUUUCCCUCCUAAAAAGUAAAGGGAAAUGUGUGUGCGUCUUAUGGGGUGAAUGCAGGCUGCGCAGCUAUCCCAGAAGCCAGAACAGCAAGAGGGAUCGCUGCUUUUGCUGUGCAGCGAUCCCUCUUGCUGUUCUGGCUUCUGGGAUUCAGAAUAUUUUUUUUCUUGUUUUCCUUCUCCAAAAACUAGGUGCGUCUUGUGGUCUGGUGCAACUUAUAGAGUGAAAAAUACGGGAUAUUUGCUGCUUGUUAAGUAGCAAUUCAAUUCACAUCUUUAUUACAGCCAUAGACGAGCAUAAAAGGGUGGGAUAGGUAAAGGUAAAGGUAAAGGGACCCCUGACAGUUAAGUCCAGUCGCGAAUGACUCUGGGGUUGUGGCUCUCAUGUCGCUUUACAGGCUGAGGGAGCCGGUGUUUGUCCACAGACAGUUUUUCCGGGUCAUGUGGCCAGCAUGACUAAGCCGCUUCUGGUGAACCAGAGCAGCGCACAGAAACACUGUUUACUUUCCCGCUGGAGCAGUACCUAUUUAUCUACUUGCACUUUUUGCCAUGCUUUCAAACUGCUAGGUGGGCAGGAGCUGGGACAAAGCAACAGGAGCUCACCCCGUUGCGGGGAUUCGAACCACCGAUCUUCUGAUAGGCGAGCCCAAGGCUCAGCGGUUUAGACCACAGCGCCACCCACGUUCCAAAAGGGUGGGAUACAGUCAUUUAAAAUCUGAAAAGCAUUUUGGAAAGCUAAAAGGUAUUAAAGCAGAAGGUGAAUAUAAAAGUCUAUAAUAAUUUAAAAUAAGCUAAAAGAAUCUGAAAGAAGGGCUAGGAGCAUUGGGUGGGUGUGGAAGAGCAUAAAAAUUGUGAGCGCUGCUGUGCAGAAUCUGGCAACAUUGUAUGUGGUAGCAGGAUUGGUACCUGAGAGCAGCAGGGAGGUAUAGAAUUGCCCUGUGCGCGCUGGGUACUUAUGGAGUAGUGGGGAAAUCAGGCUAGUACGAAUGUCUCUGUAAUAUAGGCACUGGAGGAGGACAUGCUCUACUGUUUCCAUUUGUCCCGAGUCACAGGGGCAUUUUCUCUCUGGGUAGUCAGUCUUCCUGUAUCGACCUUCAAUAAGGGCCAUACUACCCUGAACACUCCCAAUCUCAUCUGUUAAGUAGCAAAAUUCUUGCUAAUUUAUCCCACGUAAGCCUCAGGUCUUAAUUCUGGCUGGGAGGGCGAGGCCUUCCCCACAUGAACCUACCCAGACCCUGAGAUCAUCCUCUGAGGCCCUUCUUCGUGUGCCCCUUCCACGAGAGGUCCAGAGGGUGGCAACACGAGAACAGGGCCUUCUCUGCAGUGGCUCCUCUUCUCUGGAACGCUUUCCCCAGGGAGGUUUGCCUGGUGCCUUCAUUAUACACCUUUAGGCGCCAGGCAAAAAUGUUCCUCUUUAACCCGGCCUUUGGUUGAUUGUCAUCCAAUGCCCUUUUAAAAUGUGUUGGGGUUGUUUGUUUUUGUUUUUAUUAUGUAUUUUGUGUAUUUAUAUUGGGAUUUUAUGUUACCACCUUGAGAACUAUGGGUAUAGGGUGGUCUACAAAUUUAAACAACAUCAAAUUCCCAGGGACGUCUCUUUUUCCGGGCUGGCAAUGGCUUCAACUUUGCUUUCCCUGUAAAUGGCUCAACACUAUUCAUGAAAUUUAGGAGCAGCGAUAUGUACAGUGAUGAGUUGGUUCGUAAGAGUUGGUUUGUAAGAGUUUACAAGUCAAAAGUGAUGUCAGUUUUUAGACUGCAGCCCACAUGUUUCUUGGGAUUUUUCCAUCUGUUUCUAAGAAAAAAAAUGUGUAAGUUUCCCAUUGUGUAUUUCCUUGAACAGUGUUAACUUACAACUAAAUAGAAUAUAAUUUACAGUACAUGACACCAUUUUAAAGGGGCCAUGGGAACGCUACAUAUAAUUUUUUUAAUAACUUGAUUUUUACACACACACACACACACACACACACAUUGCUUAUAGGUAAGUUUGUUUGUUUUUACCCAGGAGGCAAAUUAAAAUUUUCCCAUAUAUGACCUUUUCUCAGUCAGCAACCGUAACAGUUCAUGCAAUAUAGGAGCCUGUGCAUAAAGCAAUCUGUCAUCUUCUUCCCAUUGCGGCUCCUUUCUGGUUGGCUCCAUGCUCACAAGAAAUGAAAUCGCCACAACUGAGAGGUUGAAAGGGGGUUUGAUAGCUGUUGCCAGAUGAGAGCAGCUUGUUCUCAUUAGGUGAAACAAAAUAUCCUCAUAUCUGCUUCCUUGUGCUUGCUACAUAUGUUUGGUAGACAGAAUGUAAAUAUUCAUAUUUGAUACGUGACCGAGUGGACUGUUCAUUUAACACUGGACUUAAGGAAACUUUUUUAUGUACCUAGCUCAGUUUAGAGAUUUCUCGGGUUCGUGCCUAACGCUAAAAAGCAGAUUUGUGUGCAUGAGUUAGUUGUUUUGUCUGAACUGGGAAUUGUGGUUAGUGUGAACUAUGACUUAGGAGACCCUCCAGGUGUUCCUAUUUUCUAGGGACAGUCCCGUAUUUAAGGAAGCCAUCCCGGUUUUAUUCUGGAAUGUCCCGCUUUUCCUUAGGACAGGGGUCAGCAACCUGCGGCCCAUGGGCCACAAGCAGCCCACGGGGGUCGUUUCAAUGGCCUCUGAGCCCCCCCCCAACCGAGCCACCCUCUCGGCAAGUCCCCACGCGCUGUGCUAAACUGGUGCAGUGCAGAGACUCACGUCUGCAGCGCCGGAAAUCGCAUCUGCGCUGACGGAAUCCGGCCGACGGAGCAAUCUCUGCAGGCGUGAACCAGCCCAGGCGAGGUAAAUCUUGCCGAUCCCUGCCUUAAAGUAAAGGUAAAGGGACCCCUGACCAUUAGGUCCAGUCGUGGCCGACUCUGGGGUUGCGGCGCUCAUCUCGCUUUACUGGCCGAGGGAGCCGGUGUACAGCUUCUGGGUCAUGUGGCCAGCAUGACUAAGCCGCUUCCGGCGAACCAGAGCAGCACACGGAAAUGCCGUUUACCUUCCUGCCGGAGCGGUACCUACUUAUCUACUUGCACUUUGACGUGCUUUUGAACUGCUAGGUUGGCAGAAGCAGGGACCAAACAACGGGAGCUCACCCUGUCGCGGGGAUUUGAACCGCCGACCUUCUGAUCGGCAAGUCCUAGGCUCCGUGGUUUAACCCACAGCGCCACCUACAUCCCAUUAAGGAAGAAUAGAAGGACUUUAUCGUAUAUAUACAGAAGCAAUGUACACAGGUCAAUACUCUGGCAGGGUUUUAAGAAUACUUGUAAUUUUAUUAUGAAUGGACGAUAAGUAAUUCAAAUGGUUAGAACUUUACAAUGGACAUGUAGUACAUUGAUAUAGAAUGGAACUAAGGAAGGGAAUAGGAGGAAGUCAAACUGUUUUGUUUUUGUUAGGCCUUGAGAUUCAGUUCUCGCAGAGGGCCUUAGAACUUCUUUUAUAAAACUCCUCAUCCUUGGGAAUGUUACAUGGUGUCAGAAGUGGAGAAUGAGGAGUAUCUGGCAUUAACUGGCAGAAGUUUUCUGGCUGAAAGCCUACAAGCAGAAGAUAAGCAGCUGUAAGAGCCAGAGAAAGCAAUAAGGCCUACAUAGGUAAAGGUAAAGGGACCCCUGACCAUUAGGUCCAGUCGUGGCCGACUGGGGUUGCGGCGCUCAUCUUGCUUUAUUGGCCGAGGGAGCCGGCGUACAGCUUCCGGGUCAUGUGGCCAGCAUGACUAAAGCGCUUCUGGCGAACCAGAGCAGCGCACGGAAACGCCAUUUACCUUCCCGCCGGAGUGGUACCUAUUUAUCUACUUGCACUGGUGUGCUUUUGAACUGCUAGGUUGGCAAAAAGCAGGCAGAGCAAUCAAUGUGACACAUAUAUUUAUUUCACAGUAGGCUGCAUUCCCGCCGCAUGGACGUGUGCCCAGUGAGCUCAGUGUUAUGUGCAGGCAUUACUGUUGAAGUGGGAUGCGGGUGGCGCUGUGGUCUAAACCACUGAGCCUCUUGGGCUUGCCAAUCAGAAGGUUGGCAGUUCAGAUCCCCACGACGGGGUGAGCUCCUGUUGCUCUGUCCCAGCUCCUGCCAACCUAGCAGUUCAAAAGCACGCCAGUGCAAGUAGAUAAAUAGGUACCGCUGCGGCGGGAAGGUAAAUGGUGUUUCCGUGCGCUCUAGUUUCCGUCAGGGUGUUCCGUUGCACCAGAAGUGGUUUAGUCCUGCUGGCCACAUGACUCGGAAAAGCUGUCUGUGGACAAAUGCCCUCGGCCUGAAAGCGAGAUGAGCGCCACAACCCCAUAGUUGCCUUUGACUGGACUUAAUUGUCCAGGGGGUCCUUUACCUUUUAUCUUUACUGUUGAACUAAUAUGCUUAUAUUCAAUUUAAUAUCAGCUAAGUUGUUAUUUAAGAGAAAUGUAGCACUUACAAACUUAAAUACAGUGGAACCUCUGUUGUGGAACAUAAUCUGUUCCGGAAGACCGUUCAACUUCUGAAAGUUCGACAACUUAGGCGCAAUUGCCGGUCGGCAAAAGCCAUUGAAAAAAUGGAGAAACGCGCCUCAGAAGCCGUUCAACAUCUGAGGCAAAUUUGAAAAUGGAAGCAUUCACUUCCGGGUUGUCAGCAGUCAAAACCAAAACGUUCAACAUCCGAAGCGUUCAACAACCGAGGUUCCGCUGUACAGUGGUACCUCGGGUUAAGAACUUAAUUCGUUCCAGAAGUCUGUUCUUAACCUGAAACUGUUCUUAACCUGAAGCACCACUUUAGCUAAUGGGGCCUCCCGCUGCGGCUGUGCCGCUGCUGCACGAUUUCUGUUCUCAUCCUGAAGCAAAGUUCUUAACCCGAGGUACUAUUUCUGGGUUAGCGGAGUCUGUACCCUGAAGCAUCUGUAACCUGAAGCGUCUGUAACCCGAGGUACCACUGUACAACAAAAACAAUAAGGUUUAAGUUCAUUUAUUUAUUCAAAUAAGCGAGUUUACCCGCCCUGCAUCUGUGUCACAACAUUUUUGUGGGACAGAUCCGAUUCCAAGCUGCUUCCUCGCAGUUGCUCUGAAGUGGCCCUUCUAUAUGACUUACUCAUUCAAAGGUGUGUGUGUGUGUGUUCUGCUUAAUAUCUCUACCUGCAUAAUAUCUCAUUGACCAGAGACAACGUUUUUGACAGAUAGCUAUAAGAAGAGAAACUUUGACUCCAUUGUUCCCCUUCGCUUCUUAAAGGAACAAAUAUUGACAAAAUAUCUGAAAAAGGAAACUUUGUUGCUAGACUUGUCUUUAAAAGAAAGAACAAAUAGAAGUUUUCCCCCUAGAGGGAGACUGUGAAACUGUAACCAACUCCGGGGAGCUGGCAGCUGUUACAGAUUACAAUCGUGGGAAUAGACAUCUGACCUUGCAGGACAAUGUAUUCAGAAGCUCUGUUGUGUGCUUUCUAUAAAACAAAUGCCCUACUGGAACAGCUACAUGAGAAGACGAAUUUGAUGGCUGAUUCGAUUAGAAAUUUUGAACAGGCAGUGGGAAAUUUUGAACAGGCAGUGGGAAAAUAUGUGGAGCCCACCCAGGAAUUAAAUCAGGAGUGUGCCCUGACAGAACAGGCCCAACAGGAACAUGAGCUUUCGGAUUUGACAAAUGAACUUGGAAAAAGCCAGAUUUGGAAAGAAAAAGUUUGGUUUGGUUUGGAAAUGGGGGGCUGGAUAGACCUCCCUAUGCAGGGAUGUUUGGACUUUUCAAGUCUGGCAACGGGCCGUGAGAUGUCUGAGAUUGUGGGGGCUCCUAAUUUUGGAGGGAUUUUGAAACACGUUCUUAAAUACCACAUAGAAUUUAGUGUGGAUUAUGGAAAAGGGGCUGAUCUGUCGAGAAGGGUCAAAAAUAUUGUUAAGCUGGAGUUCCCACGAGUGAAACGAGCAGGAGACAAGGGAAAAUACAGUUACAAAUAUGAAGAAGAGCUGCGGAAGGGACAUGGAAGAGACUUAAGGGCCUCGGAUAUAAGGUUACCAGGUUAAUGCGCUAGAUCGAUGGGAUAAUAAGGACUGACAAAACCCGGGACCAGGAGGAAGGGACGCUGGAUGAAGAUUGGAUUGUUUUUAUUUCUUUUUCUACUACUAGGAUUGUUUUAUAAAAUUGAUGAAUGUUAGAAAAAUGUUGGAAUGAAAUUACUUGGCUUUAGUAAAAAUGUUUAAAGAAUUAUGUAAGAAUAUUAUGGUUAUGAGAAGUUGGUAAAAAUAAGAUUUAAGUUUUAAGUUUCAAGGUUUUUAUAGUAAGAUAAGAUUAAAAUAGUUUAAGGUAAUGUAAUGACAGAAUUUUAUGAAAUAUGGAAAGGAUUUGCUGCAACAAUUAACAACUAGGAUACAAAAAAGGGAGGAGGAGGAGGUCAAAGAAAGAAGGUAAUGACAGUUGAGGAUUUGAGAAUAAUGGAUUUGUUUUUAAAUGUUUGUGGUGUAUUUUUGUUUUUUUUGAAUUUGUAUUGUUGGAUGUGGUUUGUGUUUUUCUUUGUUCUUUCUUUGUUCUUUUUCUACUUUGUUUUCUUUUGUAACUUUAAAAAAAAAAUUCCAAUAAAUAUCAUUUAAAAAAUAAAUAAAUAUCUCUACCUGUGGUGGAAAUGUUAUCAAGUUGCCAGCUUGUCAGUCCGGAAUGAAUCCAAACACUGUUUCAAGCUAUUAUUCUUCAGAGCUUUUAGAAAGUUAGCUUUUCUUUGCUUCGCUCUUCCAAGCUCUUAGAACUAAUGGAUCACCACAGUUUGCAUUUGCUAUGUGUCUCUGUAUCCUUUUAACACCCACCUGCACUUAUUGCGUAGUAGUAUUUUCAGAAACCAGCUUCAUGGCCUCAGAUGAACCUGCCUCAGGAAGGGUGCAUCCUGGUUGCUAGGAAGGAAGGAGGGGCACCUGCAGACAUGCCAAGGGCUCAGAAAGGAGGCAGAAUCAGGAAAAGUGUAAAUCAGGAAGAGGAAACAGCUGGAGAGCUCAGUUGGUUAGAGUGUGGUGCUGGCAAUGCCCACGUUGCAGGUUUGAUCCCCGUAAGAGACAGCUGCAUAUUCUUCUUUUGUUUUUGAAAUAGUUUUCAUUGGUUUUACAAAAUAAAUCACACACUUAGCACAAUUAAAUUUUGAAAUAAAGCAAGAUUCAUCUGAAUCGUAGGACUUUCCUCCUCACCUCAUUGGGUCCUUUAAAUGUUAUUAUUAUUAUUAUUAUUAGGACUUUUUUCAUUAGAGAAAUGUUGGAGGGUUAUAGCACAGAUUGUACCAGGUGUAAGGAGAAAAUCUGAUUUUGAUUUUACUAGAAAAUACGUAUGGAUGUAUUUCCAUUGAUAUGACACAAGAAGCCUAACAAAUUUCGGUGCCAUUUAGACAACUCAGUACCAAGGCCCACACACUAAUGUGGAAGUCAUCAUAAUCCAAUGGCCUUUCCUUUUGCUGCUGACAGCUGAUAGUCUGUGCCAUAGGGUAAGUGCUGGGAAAAUAGGAUAUCCUACUCAGAAAAAGUAAAACCCCUAUAAAUGAUGCACAGAUUUGUUCCCCAUCAUCCUCACCAUUAAAGCAAUAAACGUAAAGGUAAAGGGACCCCUGACCAUUAGGUCCAGUCGUGGCCGACUCUGGGGUUGCGGCGCUCAUCUCGCCUUAUUGGCCGAGGGAGCCGGCGUACAGCUUCCGGGUCAUGUGGCCAGCAUGACUAAGCCGCUUCUGGCGAACCAGAGCAGCGCACGGAAACACCAUUUACCGUAUUUUUCGCUCUAUAAGACGCACCAGACCACAAGACGCACCUAGUUUUUGGAGGAGGGAAACAAGAAAAAAAAUAUUCUGAAUCUCAGAAGCCAGAACAGCAAGAGGGAUCGCUGCGUAGUGAAAGCAGCAAUCCCUCUUGCUUUUCUGACUUCUGGGAUAGCUGCGCAGCCUGCAUUCGCUCCAUAAGACGCACACAUAUUUCCCCUUACUUUUUAGGAGGGAAAAAGUGAGUCUUAUAGUGCAAAAAUUAUGGUACCUUCCUGCUGGAGCAGUACCUAUUUAUCUACUUGCACUUUGACGUGCUUUCGAAUUGCUAGAUUGGCAGGAGCAGGGACCGAGUAAUGGGAGCUCACCCCAUCAUGGGGAUUCGAACCACCGACCUUCUGAUCGGCAAGCCCUAGGCUCUGUGGUUUAACCCACAGCACCACCCGCGUCCCUUAUUAAAGCAAUAGCUUUGCAUUUAUUGUACAUGGAGGUCACACGCUCUUGCAAGAGUCUGCUUGCAUUUACCCAUCUUUUCUUUUGCAGGUGUCUAUGAAGCUCUGAAUGUCACUGUAUCUCCGGGACCCAGAGUGCAAUACGUCGUUGGAGACAAUGCUACCCUCUUUUGCCACGUGUCUCAAAAAAGACGAAUAGAGAACCUCCUGGCUGUCCGGUGGCUCUUUGCCCUUCCGCCGACCCAAGAGUACCUGAUGAUCAAAAUGACUAAAUAUGGAGUAGUCCAGUACUAUGGGAAUUACAACCGCCAGUUCUAUAAGCAAAGACUUCACCUUUUGGAGGAGAGACAUAGGACGAUGUACACAUUUUUUAUCCUGAAUCUCCAGGAAGCUGACCAGGGACACUAUAUUUGCAAAGUUCAGGAGAUUGGCAAGUAUAGGAACAAGUGGACAGCGUGGUCAAACAGUAGUGCGUCUACAGAAAUCCAAGGUGAGUCCAUGAACAGCUCCUCUUGCAAUCUUCCCUUAUUUUUAUGGAUUAAAACGUUUGCAAUUCUUGCCGGCCUGUCUGUAUGGAAGAAAUCGAGAAAGAGCUCAAAAUUGACCCAAACCAUUUAGGAUUUGUCAUAAAUAAUAAUUUAUAAUAAUAAUGAUUUAUUAUUUAUACCCCGCCCAUCUGGCUGGGUUUCCCCAGCCACUCUGAGCGACUUCCACAGAGACCAAAAAUACACUAAAAUGUCACACAUUAAAAACUUCCCUGAACAGGCCUGCCUUAAGAUGUCUUCUGAAUGUCAGGUAGUUGUUUAUCGCUUUGACAUCUGAUGGGAGGGCGUUCCACAGGGCAGGCGCCACUACCGAGAAGGCCCUCUGCCUGGUUCCCUGUAGCUUUGCUUCUUGCAAUGAGGGAACCGCCAGAAGGCCCUCGGUGCUGGACCUCAGCGUCCGGGCAGAACAAUGGGGGUGGAGACACUCCUUCAGGUAUACUGAGCCGAGGCCGUUUAGGGCUUUAAAGGUCAACACCAACACUUUGAAUUGUGCUCGGAAACGUACUGGGAGCCAAUGUGGGUCUUUCAAGACCAGUGUUAUGUGGUCUCGGCGGCCACUCCCAGUCACCAGUCUAGCUGCCGCAUUCUGGAUUAGUUGUAGUUUCCGGGUCACCUUCAAAGGUAGCCCCACGUAGAGCGCAUUGCAGUAGUCCAAGUUGGAGAUAACUAGAGCAUGCACCACUCUGGCGAGACAGUCCACGGGCAGGUAGGGUCUCAGCCUGUGUACCAGGUGGAGUUGGUAGACAGCUGCCCUAGACACAGAAUAGACCUGUGCCUCCAUGGAUAGCUGUGAGUCCAAAAUGACUACCAGGCUACGCACCUGGUCCUUCAGGGGCACAGUUACCCCAUUCAGGGAGUCCUCCAUACCAGCCCGCCCCCAGUCCCCCAAAUAGUUGAAAGCAAGUAUCGCCUUCGCAAAUAACCAGCAGCACAUUGGGCGACCCUUUCACAACGACAGCGUGUUGAACUUGGUUGCUAAACAUUCUGCAUAUGGAGACAGUUUCUGAACUUCUUGCCUGAUAAAUGCUGUUCAUUUUUCAGUCAUGGGCUUGGCCAGUAACUUUGUGUUCAUCUGCCAAAUGUCUCCAUUUUGGGGUGGGGGAACCACGAACCCUCGAUAUGUUGUUGGACUCUGACGCCCAUCAGCCCCCACCAGCAGGACACCCGCCAGGCAUGAUGGGAGCUGGACUAGACGCCCCUUGAGGUCCCUUUCCAACUCUGAUUCUAUGAGUUGUAGUCUAACAACAUCUGUAGAGGGCCCCAGAUUUCCCAGUUCUUCUCUAUACAGUGGUACCUCAGGUGACAUAUGCUUCAGGUUACAGACUCCGCUAACCCAGAAAUAGUGCUUCAGGUUAAGAACUUUGCUUCAGGAUGAGAACAGAAAUCGUGCUCCGGUGGCACAGCGGCAGCAGGAGGCCCCAUUAGCUAAAGUGGUGCUUCAGGUUAAGAACAAUUUCAGGUUAAGAACGGACCUCCGGAACGAAUUAAGCACUUAACCCAAUGUACCACUGUAUACUGUAAGCCUCUAUCUGAUAAAGUUCCUUUAAUUGCUUUUAAGAAAAAUCAGGAGCUUGUGCUUCUCUUAUUCUUGUACCUUCGUGUCUUGUGAUUAGUGACCUGACUGUGACCCGACAACAGGCCAAGGGUGUGGUCAUUCUUGGGUAAAUUAAGAGGGGGCUGUGUGGGAACAUUGCAGAUACUAGGAGAGGAUAUAUUGAUUUAAUAAUAUCCUUCCUCACACACACUUCUGAGUCAGCAACAGAGUGCAUUCCCCAAUAUAUAGCAGGAAGCUAGCUGAUAGAUUUGUUUGAAUCUCUUUACUUAAGCAAUCCAAUCUGGCUUUGUUCAUAUUGGAGUAUAUUCCUGGUAAGACCCCUUUUGUCCCUCCUAAAAAGAAUGAAGACACAAGAAGCUUCUUUUAAAAGUAGUAAGAAGUUUACUCACAUUCAGUUCACAGUUGGAUCCCUGAAGGCAGGCUUUAGCUUAGAACAGGCAUCCCAAAACUUGGCCCUCCAGAUGUUUUGGGACUACAACUCCCAUCAUCCCUAGCUAACAGGACCACUGGUCAGGGAUGAUGGAAAUUGUGUUGUUUUUUUUAAAUGAUAUUUAUUGAGAAAUUUUUUUAAAAUUACACAAAAAAAGAGACAAGACAAAAAAAAGAAAAGAAAAGUAAAACCACCAUUCUCCAAUUCUCCACUUUCAAUACCUUCUUUCCUUGACCUCCUCCUCCUCCCUUUUCCUGUAUCCUAAUUUAUAAUAGUCACAGCAAAUCCUUUCCAUAAUUCAUAAUAUUCUGUCCUUACAUUACCUUAGUCUAUUUUCAUCUUAUCUUAUAUAUAAAAAAAGUUUAAAACUUAAAUCUUAAUUUUUACCAACUUCUCCUAACCAUAACAUUCUUACCUAAUUCUUUAAACAUUUUUAUGAGAGCCAAAUAAUUUCAUUUCAACAUUUUCCUAACAUUCAUCAAUUUUGUAAAACAGUCCUAAUGAUAGAAAUAGAAACUUAAGCAAUCCAAACUUCCUCCAGCGUCCCUUCCUCCUGGUCCCGGGUUUUGUCAGUCCUUUUUGUCCUAUUAAUCUAGCACAUUAACCUGGCAAUCUUAUAUCCGAGGCCCUCAAGUCUCUUCCAUGUCCCUUCCACCGCUCUUCUUCAUAUUUUCCUUUUAUUCGUGGGAACUCCAGCUUGGUAAUGUUUUUGACCCUUUUCAACCAAACAGUCCCUUUUCCAUAGCCCAGACUAGACUUGAUGUAGUAUUUAAAAACAUGUUCCAGAUUUCCUUCAAAGUUGAAAGCCCCCACUGCUCCAGACAUCUGACAGCCCCUUUCCAGACUCGAAAAGUCCAAAUCUCCCUGUAUAGAGGGGUCUAUCCACCCCCCCAUUUCCAAACCAAACCAAAUUUUUCCUUUCCAAGUCUGGUCUUUUCCAAGUUCAUUUGUCAAAUCCAAAAAUUUAUAUUCCUGCUGGGCCGCAGCUCCUUCCGUCUCUGGCGCCCAAGAUUCAGCAGAAUCCUCAUCUCUCAGCUGUUCUGUCAUGGCACGCUCCUGUUUUAGUUCCUGGGUGGGCUCCAUAUAGUUUCCCACUACCUGUUCAAAGGUUCUGGCCGCAUUCGUCAUCAAAUCCGUCUUCUGGCUUAACUGAUCCAAUAGGGCAUUUAUUUUGCAGAAAGCACCCAACAGUGCUUCUGCAGACAUUGUCCUGCAAGGUCACAAACCCUUUCCCACGGUUGUAAUCAGUGACAGCUGCAAGCUCCCAGGGAUUAGUUACAAUUUCACAGUUCCCCUCUAGGGGGAAAACUUCUGAUUGUUCUUUCUCUUAAAAACAAUAGCAACAAAGUUUCUUUUUAAAGAUAUUUUGUCCAUAUUUCUUCUUUUAAGAUGUGAAAGGGAGCAAUGGAGUCACUAUGUUUCUCUUCUUUUAACUAUCUGUCAAAGACAUUUGUUUCUGGUCAGUGAGCUUCAAACGUCAAUUCUGACACCCCGCUCCAGGAUCAGGACGGUGGAAAAUUACUUUGCUUUAGAUUCACUUCUGCAGGUUUAAACAGCUCGAAAAAAGCUCCCCCUUCUUCUCCUGCUACCGAAGGGGGAUUCAGCAAUUUUAAAUGAUGAAAGUCAAUCCUUUAAGAGUGAUUUUUAAAGCUCUAGUUUGCGUUGUCUUUGCUUUGUUCUGGCUACAGGGAAACGGAAGGCUUAAACCUUUCCGUUUCAGUACCAAAUUAGGGUAAAUUUUAAGUCCAAAUUCCUUUCUAUUUCUCCAGUUCUUAUUUAAGUCCAGAUAUUCAAUGUUCCAGUACUCACGGUUGGUUAUUUUAGAUGCCAAAUUGUCCCAGGAAAAAGGCAGCGCUCUCCGGCAACAGCUAUGCGGCUUCGCUCCGCAGGAAAAGCGAUUGACUCACAGCACCGCGCCACUUCCCCCUCUUCGCUUCGGAGCCCGUUUGUGGGUUCCUUUGCGGGUUGGGGGGGCGCUAAGGGUGCCCGCCGAGUCCCACGGUCACAGGCUUCAUCCGCCUGUGAUUUCCAGAAGGGUCCCCACUUCACCGCAGCGGAAAAGACCCGUUUCAUGCGGAGCUGGUCCCUCCAGUUCGGAGGGAGUCCGCCAUUGCCGAUGGCGCCACCCCGGAAGUCCAGGGAUGAUGGAAAUUGUAGUCCCAAAACAUCUGGAGGGCCGAGUUUCGGGGUGCCUGGCUUAGGGAAUCGGCUGCUUGCUUUUGUUGACCUGCAAUCCGCUUUCACAGUGAGACCUUUUGAAAAGUGUGUGACUAGUUUGCCAAUGCUCUUGUGUGUUCCAUUGCAGUGAUUUCAUCCAGAGUUUCGGAUGACUCCAAUCCAGAGAAAAACCACAAGGCCUGGAAGUUCUUUGAGGGUUAAGUAUACGCUUCCCCCCUUUGUUCAUCUUCGUGAAGAUGUGAGAAUCCACUGAAAAGUACCGUUGUGCAGCCUUGCUUUUUCUUAUGGGGGAAGUACGCCAAAACACUCACACCCCAUAAAGUUUUGCACCCACUGGUUUUAGGAGCUCUUAGAAGGGUUACAGCCAUAGUUACACAUUUACUUUAACCAGGAGUCACCAAAAAAAAUGCUUCAGGGCUCUAAAUGUAAUUGGCACAUAAUCCUGCUUUCUGUAAGUAGGGGAGAAGGUGCCAGGGCUCUUUGCCUUUAUUGAUUGAUUGAUUGAUUGAUUGAUUGAUUGAUUUGGUGCCAACUUGAAUAAAAUAUUGGGGGGACAUUUAUAUGUGGGUAAGCCUGACUGAAUAUAAUAUAAAGAGUAGAAUAGCAAGUGUUGCGUAUUCAACAUUCAUUGUCAUUAAAGAGCAUCUUACUAAAUGAACAGAAAUUAAUUUGGACAAAAACCGGGGAAGUUUUCAGAAACUGAAAUGAUUCAAACUGUUCCUUAUAGAUGAAGAUGGGUACAAAAAGCUUGAGAGAGACAGACAGACCUUUGCUCUUGAAAUGUGACUAAAAUUCAUGUCGAUGAGUCUGGUUUUAAACAUGUUGGAUUGUUACCACAAAUAUUUUAUGGAAUAUUAGAGCCUUUGGGUUCACUUGCCUUUGGAGUGAAGUCAUUGGCUUGCAGUGUCUCUCUGCUUGUUUGAAAUCCUCCCUUCUAUAGGGAAGAUGUGCAGUUUCGUUGCUAUCUGCCAAACAAAACGUUUUUGAACUCCGAUAUCACAUUUUCCUGGCGUUGUGGAAAUCUUUCAUGCAAUCUCCAAACAGUAAUUUUAUUUGCUUUGUUAGGAAUGUUCACAUCCUCUCGUUUCUAGUUCAAAACGAAUUUGUUCCAGGUGACUAAGAAAUACAGAAACUGAAAGUCAGUCACAAGAAGCAGCUUUCAAAGCUGACAGAAGGGUAGUGGAGAAAAUAUAAACAAGGCCAUAAAAAUGAGAAAGGGGAAGAAAACUGACUAAGAGGCAGGCGAAAAGCCUUUUCAAGAGGCAGCAAAAUUCCACCAGAGAAGGGAUGUGGAACACUUGCCAGAUUCUGAAUGUAUGCAAAGUAUAAUAUUAUAGAAAAGCUCUAGCCCUCCCAUUCCUCAGGGAACCUGCCUUUUCGCAGCCAUUAUUACCUGCUAUUGCAGCUCUUCCUCAUUAUUGGUCUCAGCUGAUUCCUUGCCAGCCAGGCAAAUAAACCAAUGACCGAGCCGGCAAGUGGUGUCUUAUGAUGCUCCUCCUCACCCCUGCCACUGCCACAGUGAGACAUCAAACAUUAAAAACUUCCCUGAACAGGGCUGCCUUCAGAUGUCUUCUAAAAGCCAGGUGGUUGUUUAUUUCCUUGACAUCUGACAGGAGGGCACCACUACCGAGAAGGCCCUCUGCCUGGUUCCCUAUAACCUCAUUUCUCUCAAUAAGUUUAAACCUUUUAUCAUUUAAGCCUUUUAUCAAGUACCUCUGUGUCGGGUAUAAGGGAUGCAGGUGGCGCUGUGGUCUAAACCACUGAGCCUCUUGGGCUUGCCGAUCAGAAGGUCGGUGGUUCGAAUCCCCGUGACAGGGUGAGCUCCCAUUGCUCUGUCCCAGCUCCUGCCUACCUAGCAGCUCUAAAGCACACCAGUGCAAAUAGAUAAAUAGGUACCGCUGUGACGGGAAGGUAAACGGUGUUUCUGUGCGCUCUGGAUUAAGUCACAGUGUCCCAUUGCACCAGAAGCGGUUUAGUCCUGCUGGCCACAUGGUCCAGAAAGCUGUCUGUGGACAAACACCAGCUCCUUCGGCCUGAAAACGAGAUGAGCACUGCAACCCCAUUAUCGCCUUUGAGUGGACUUAAUCCGUCCAGGGGUCCUUUACCUUUACCUUUUUUGACCUCUGUGUCGGCUCACUGUUAAAGGCAAGAUUCUUGGUAGAGCAGGUCUUUGGUCUUGCCCAAUAUGGAUGGUUGGUACAGUGGUACCUCGGGUUACAGAUGCUUCAGGUUACAGACACUUCAGGUUACAGACUCCGCUAACGCAGAAAUAGUACCUCGGGUUAAGAACUUUGCUUCAGGAUGAGAACAGAAAUCGCGCGGCAGCGGCAGCAGGAGGCCCCAUUAGCUAAAGUGGUACCUCAAGUUAAGAACAGUUUAAGGUUAAGAACGGACCUCCAGAACAAAUUAAGUUCUUAACCCAAGGUAGCACUGUAAUAUUCUUCUCCUUUCACACCUUUCUUGCCAAGAUUUUGGGUCCGGGGCUCCAAGCGUGUUUUUACUUUUGUUCAAAACUUGUGUAUUCUUUCUUGGGUAGACAUGAAAGCAGAUGGGUGAUACUCAUCCGUGGUUUGCCUUUCAGACCUGUAUGUCUACGCUGUGUUCGUGUGCUCCAUAGGAAUCGUCAGUGUCCUGCUGUUCACCGUGGUUGUCCUCUGCCAGACACUGAUCAACAAAAAACGCUCCCGUGGUGAGUGAUGAGGAAAGGCUGAGGCAGAUAAAGGACGCUUUUGUGUGCAUUUAGCAAUACCAUUAUAUCUCGCCAUAUUGUUUUGCACAUAGUCACGUUUUUGCUUUUCAUUUAAUGAAUCGUAGAAUUGUUAGAACCUUUUAAUGAGGGUGAAAGAGGAGAGCGCAAAAUAUGCUUUGAAGCUCAACAUCAAAAAAACGAAGAUCAUGGCCACUGGUCCCAUCAUCUCCUGGCAAAUAGAAUGGGAAGAAAUGGAGGCAGUGUGAGAUUUUACUUUCUUGGGUUCCAUGAUCACUGCAGAUGGUGACAGCAGUCACGAAAUUAAAAGACGCCUGCUUCUUGGGAGAAAGGCAAUGACAAACCCAGACAGCAUCUUAAAAAGCAGAGACAUCACCUUGCCAACAAAGGUCCGUAUAGUUAAAGCUAUGGUUUUCCCUGUAGUGAUGUAUGGAAGUGAGAGCUGGGCGAUAAAGAAGGCUGAUUGCUGAAGAAUUGAUGCUUUUGAAUUAGGGUGCUGGAGGAGACUCUUGAGAGUCCCAUGGACUGCAAGAAGAUCAAACCUAUCCAUUCUGAAGGAAAUCAGCCCUGAGUGCUCACUGGAAGGACAGAUCCUGAAGCUGAGGCUCCAAUACUUUGGCCUCCUCAUGAGAAGAGAAGACUACCUGGAAAAGACCCUGAUGUUGGGGAAGAUGGAGGGCACAAGGAGAAGGGGACGACAGAGGACGAGAUGGUUGGUCAGUGUUCUUGAAGCUACCAGCAUGAGUUUGACCAAACUGCGGGAGGCAGUGGAAGACAGGAGUGCCUGGCGUGCUCUGGUCCAUGGGAUCACAAAGAGUCGGACACGACUAAACAACAACAACAACAUAUCUUGCCAUAUUGUUUUGCACAUAGUCAUGUUUUUGCUUUUCGUUUAAUGAAUCAUAGAAUUGUUAGAAGGGACCUCAAGGGUCAUCUAGUCCAACCCCCAUUUGUUUUUUUUGUUUUGUUUUUAGAGCUGUUUUACAGUACUCACAAUUCACCACCCAUUUCCAUGCACAUUACUGUUUUGGGUUUGUUUCUAUUACUCUGUUUCUAUUAAAGCCUUCCCCAACUCACAACGCGUAUGAAUUAUACAUGUUAAAGAGAAUUCCUCUCAGUUAUUAUGGAUAUAGUAUCUGACACCAGCAAAAUUGAAUCAAAUAUUUCCUAAUGCUAGAUCAAUAUUUGAAAUGCCAGAGCUUCAGGAACAAACGGAUAUAUUCUCUGAUAAUGCUCCCAGAUCAACAUCUUCUGGGGUUCUAUUUUAGCAUAAAUUAAAACCUCCAAGAGAUAUGGUCUGCCAAAAGAACCUUUAGUAAUAUCAUUUUGCUAUCUUAAAGGGACAGUUCUAACAGACGAUUUGUAAAUGACCGUUUACUCGCUGACGGCAACCUUGUAUGGCUGUUUCCUAUCCCCGGAAGAGAGCUAGUCUGCCUAUGACCGAUUCAUGGAUUGCAAAUAUUUGGGAGCACAAGAAAUUGGGACAUGCCAUAUCAUAAGUAUGAGGAAAGCAGGUAGACAACAGGAUAGCAAAUGAACAGAGAAGUGGACUUCCCAGUUUUCUUUUGGAAUAAUGAAGAUGCAAUGAACUGUUAUUGGGAGAAAUUUAACUCAUAACUUUAAGGCAAAUGCAAUUUGUUUUUAUUCACAUUUCUUUGCUUUUUAUCUUUAUGAUGGCAGUAUUUUGCUUGAUUAACUACUACCCUUGUGAUGAACAUGCCACAACAUUGUAAUUUGUUUAAGUUAUAGCAUUAUCACAAUUCUGAUUUUGCAGAUAAUAUUUCUUUCUUCCUCUCUCUCUCUCAAAUACACUUGAAGCUUCCUUCGUUCAUUCUGCUGAGAAAAUCUAUAGUAGUAGGAAUAAUAAUAAUAAUAAUAAUAAUAAUAAUAAUAAUAAUUUAUUAAUACCUCUCCCAUCUGACUGGGUUUUCCCAGCCUCUCUGGGCGGCUCCCAGCCAAAUAGUAAAAACACAAUACAGCAUUAAACAUUAAAAACUUCCCUAAACAGGGCUGCCUUCAGAUGUCUAGUAAGAUAGUUGCUUAUUUCCUUGACAUCUGAUGGGGGGGGGCAUUCUACAGGGUGGGCGCCACCACCAAGAAGGCCCUCUGCCUGGUUCCCUGUAACCUCACUUCUUGCAGUGAGGGAACUGCCAGAAGGCCCUCAGCGCUGGACCUCAGUGUCCGGGCUGAGCGAUGGGGGUGGAGACGCUCCUUCAGGUGUACUGGGCUGAGGCCAUUUAAGGCUUUAAAGGUCAGCACCAACACUUUGAAUUGUGCUCGGAAACAUACUGGGAGCCAAUGUAGGUCUUUCAGGACCAGUGUUAUAUGGUCUCAGCGGCCACUCCCAGUCACCUGCCGCAUUCUGGAUUAAUUGCAGUUUCCGGGUCACCUUCAAAGGUAGCCCCACAAAGAGUGCAUUGCAGUAGUCCAAGCGGGAGAUAACCAGAGCAUGCACCACUCUGGCGAGACAGUCCGCAGGCAAGUGGGGUCUCAGCCUGUGGACCAGAGAAGAGGGAAACACUGUCUUUGACUUGUCCUGUGGCUUUGCAUCAUGGGCCUACCUAGCUGGCCACUGCCUGAAUGAAGAAUGUGCUUUUUCCUCUGUUCCACCUUUUUGAGUAACAAGAAGAUGGCAAUUGCUUAAACAAUGCCUUUCUUUCUCCCCUACUUUUCUUUCUCCACUGUUUUUCACAGUGAAACAUUACUUGGUGAAGUGUUCCCAGAACAGGUAGGAAAAGGAGACAAGACAUAUAAUCUUGUUUUACCUUUCUCCAAAUAGUUUUUACGGAUUGCUUUGCUUAUUUUCUGUCUCACAAAUAUAUAUCUUAACAUAUAAUAAAAAGGUUAGUCACGGGUGGGCAGUGCACCGUUGCCCAGUUCUUUAAAAACUACGCAUUUAUGUUUCACAGGGUGCGAAAGAAGGGCUUUGCACCUUUAUACAAUAUGCAUGUGUGCUUGGGCCCAGGGUCUUUUGCCUCACCAUCCUCACUGCUGACUCCCUGUUGCUACUGAGCUUCAAAAAAAAAGUGUCCCCGGAUUCACUGGAAAAAAUCUGGUAACCAUAUCUUAAAAUACCCUGGUUGGAUGCCCUUGUCUCCAAGGCAGUGGACCCUAAUGAUGGAGGAAAAUGCCAAUAACUUGCUGUCAUAAGAAUGAAGCUCCCUUUUGUCAAGUCCAUGAGGACAUGGCAACUUUCCAUCUUUGCCAGAACCAAUCAUGUGGAUUAAUGGCCUUUUUAAAGGAGCUUGUCUCACCUUGAAAGCCUUCUUUCACAGGAUACGGAACAAGCAUCUCCUCAUCCCCACCGAUGGAAUUCUUAGCAAGGCCACACCGUGCUCUGCCAAGGAGGCAUCAGAUCAAGGAAUCCUCUAGUGGAGGUCCUUCUUCUAUCUUAGAUGAGGCUGAGCAGGCAAACCAGAAUGUCCUGGCUGACCUGGUUCUGAGCUUGUAGAGCCUGUACCAGGAAGUACUGUAUUUUUCGCUCCAUAGGGCGCACCGGACCAUAGGGUGCACCUAGUUUUUAGAGGGGGAAAUCAAGGAAAAAAAUCUUAUUUCCCCCCCCAGCCCCAAAGAGACCAAAGAGCGAAAGCAACGCAAAGCCUCCAGAGCGCGAAGGGAACGCUCCCUCUGCGCUUCGGAGGCUUCGCGUUGCUUUCGCUGAAGCCAAGGAGCCUGCAUUCGCUCCAUAGGACGCACAAACAUUUCCCCUCAAUUUUUGGAGGGGGAAAAGUGUGUCCUAUAGAGUGAAAAAUACGGUAUUCUUUGGAGAGCCCCAGUAUUAGACCGCUAAAAUUGUACGACAAAUGCUGAGAAAAGGUUGCUCUUCUCCCAGUUCUUGUAAGUGGAAGCAGCAGGUGCCUUUGGGUCUCCCAGAGCUUCUCUAAUAUGCAUUUCCACUAGUUCUCACACGCUCCAGGUUUCUUGGGAAGAUCAGUAUGACCUGUGCAGAAAUAAUUCUAUUCACUGGUCAUGAAGAUCUUUAACCUACUGGUGCUUCAUACAUAGGAACUCCAUGAGGACCUACUCUCCUGAGGUCCCAUUCCACAUCUGAAUCCAAAGUGGCUCCCGCCGACUGCUUGUCGGUUGAGUGGUACCCAAGUUUAGGAAACACUGAACUGAACAGUGCCAAUAAACAGCAGCAGAACCAGCACGAUAAACAGGGCAAAGAUAAGCAGUAUCAAACCCCAAUGACUGUCUCUGAAACCCCAAACCUGGGCAGCUCGGUUCGGGAGUGGCUCGUGGGCUAGUAAAACGACCCCCGUGGCCCACUUGUGGCCCAUGGGCCUUAGGUUGCCGACCCUUGGACUACACCAUUUCAGACUAUAGUUGAAUGCUCUCCACCUCCUGCUGAUAAAAUUCUCCCUGCAAGUAAAAUACUUAAACCUUAGGGCAGGUAUAGGUAAACUCGGCCCUCCCGACUUUUUGGGACUACAACUCCCAUCAUCCCUAGCUAGCAGGACCAAUGGUCAGGGAUGAUGGGAGUUGUAGUCCCAAAACAUCUGGAGGGUCGAGCUGGCCUAUGCUAGCCUUAGGGAAAUAUUUUAGCCUAGUUUAUUCCCAGAUGUACUGAUUUUCUAAGCACAGGAAGUUGUUCUUCUAGGGGAGCACAAAAAUAUUAGUGUUUUUGAGGUCCAAGAACAGUAUUCUUGAUUCUGCUUUCUGUAUAAACUAGGCCUCUGUGUAAAUUACUAUAGUGAUACAAGGUUAAAUUGGAAAUUCUAAUUGUUGUCCAUACCAGCUUUGUUUAUUUUAUUUUGGAGCAAUUAAUUUGUUUUAUUCAUUGGACUGGCUUUCAUGGAUUCUGUAAUUUUUGUAUAUUGCUAGCUGUACAUUCAUAUUACUAUUUCAUUUCAUCGUUUCCCCGCUCUGGGAUUGAAAUAUUCAGUGAAGAGCAGGUUAUAAAUACUUAAAAACAAACAAUUUAAUGUAACGAAAACAUGUGGGGGGAGUCAAACUUCUCAUAGUGUCCUGAGAGGGGAAGAUGCAAUAAACUCCAUCAGUGCUUGUAAUAAUGAAGUUGAAUCAAAUUUAGGGGGGAAGACCAAGAGAAACAUAAGUGUGGUAGAUGUUGUGGUAGAAAUCCGUAAUGUGAUUUCAGAGCAGUGAAUGUGUGUGCAAACCAUUUUAGAUCAGCUUUUGCCAACUUGGCGGCCUCCAGAUAUUUUGGGCGAAGACUACAACUCCCAUCAGCCCCAACUAGCGUGGGAGUUGUGGUCCAAAAUAUCUGAACUCAAGGUUGGCAAAAAAACUGAUUAGAUUAUCACAUCUGUUUUCCCCUUGAGAAACGUCUUCCUACUAAUGGAUGUCCCAUUUCUGCAUUUGCUUUGAUUGAAAUUAUUCACAAUAACGAAAUGGAAGCCAACCACUAGUGUGUAUUCCUAUCUUGGGGCAACCAGGAGGGAAUAUAAUGUUUGGUGACUUCACAAAAAUUCAGCCUCCACACUGGCAUGCUUAGCUGGUCUUCGUAAGAAUACAGUGAUGAAGGUUCAUCAGAUGAUGCGGAGACAACUGAAAACCAACAAACACUCAAGAGAGAGAGAGAGAUGCUUAAUAAGGCAGAUAUUGGUUAAGGUUUUGGAGAAGAGACUACCCUUUUAAAAUGAACCUUGAAUUAAAGAUCCCAGAGAGGGUUUUAUGUGCUUUUCUUCUCCUGCUCUCUAUUCACCAGGCUCUCUUGUUUCUCAGCUUAGGGGAAACGGUCACCAGUGUGACAAGCUUGUCUGCAGAACAGCCUGUGAAAAUCAAGAAGAAGAAGAAGAAAGUUGAGCAGCCACCUGCCAUCCCAGCGAAAGGUGUGUGCUACCUCCUGAGCUGCAUGUUGUGGUGGGUGGUUUGCUGGGUCCAAAGAAGUGGCCAAGAUGUAAGUUACCAAAUCUUCACAGUCCAGAAUUGGCAAUGGGUGGACAACCCUUGUUCAGUUUCGUUGUUGGUCUGCGAGUUGCUUCUUUCUCAUGUUUGACUCGACCAGCCUUCUGGUUUGUCCUGGAGAACAUCGGAUGAACUCCAGAACUUGAGGACGUGCCAGUUUUUGGUUUGCAUCUUUUUUCCAGCAUAGUUUACUGAACCACAUGUUAGAAUUCCCGCUCCAUGAUUGCAGUCAUGAGAUUGUUGUCUAUCACAUGAUGGUGUAUGUUUUGACUCCACAGAGUGGGAAGUGACGGAGACAGGAUGUUUGUGUUACUGUGUUCAGUGAAGUGGGACUAUUGUCCUUUGUUCUUUCUCUUUGCUGCCUGAUGCUAGAGAGGGAGGGAGCCAUGUUGCAGUGCUCCAUGUAUGUUUAUAUGUAAAUAAAAGUAGAUUAGCCAAAAUGCUGAGUUCUGUCACACGAACUGCGAAAACUCUGUGAAUCCCUAAGUGUGCCGAUGUCUGUUGGCAUCGGUCACUGUGAUGUUCGGGCUGAAGAAAGCUUUUGAAGCUCCCGAACGGUCGACCAGGAGGGAGAGAACAUGCCAGUUGGGCAUGUGUCUCUGCCAGGGUCCUACUCGAGUAUAGGACAAGCUCCUGACAGUGCGCACCAUGUAGCAACAACAACAAAAGGAUAUUGGUGCAUCAGGAGAGAGUUCUAAACGAACUUUAAAAGGGGCUCACCAUUAGCACCAGUCAGCAGUUAUAGCUGGUCCCUUUGACGGCAAUGCUCCCAGUGCCAUCAGCCUAUUGAAAAGCGUGUCUUCAAAGGAGAUUGUGGUAACCUCUGAUCAGCAGUUCCUCUGAUACCAUCUGACAUCACCCUUUGAAAUCUGACAGGUGACAAUCAACUAGUGUCAGAUGACUGACAGGUAGGCCAGUUCCAAUUCUUCACCCUUGAUCUACCUGCUGCUACAGCAGCACCCAUGCGAGAUCAACUCCAGUACGUCCCAGGUUUGGCCCUGAUCCAACUGUAAUUUACUCUCACGCAGCAAGUGGAGCUGUGUGCACAGAAAGCAGUCUUCCAAAAGUAAUAAUUGCAUCAACUGGUUGUUUGAUAGGUAGGGUGGUGGUGAAUCCAAGCCUACUAUUUCAUCCAAGCAACUGAUAAGGAAAAUUACUCAUUUUUCAGAAAGAUUCCCCAAGUGGUAACUGGAUGAGGACGGGAUAUUGGUUGUGCAAGUUCUUCUGCAGGGAAUUCCUCAAUUGGCGUGGGAUGCUCUACAUAGAAUCAUCUUGAAUCUAUGUGGGACCUCAAGGGUCAUCUAGUCCAACCCCCUGCAAUGCAGGAAUGUUUUGCCCAACAUGGGGCUUGAACCCAUGGCCUGGAGAUGGAAGCUUUGGUUUGAAGGUGGUUCCUGGAUCAAUCAGCGUGCCUGUGCCUUGAUUUUCAGGGUGCCUCUGUUUCUUUUAGCCCUUUAAAGCUAUGGGUUUGUUUGUUUUUAAUAAGGACUUUUGGUUCUUUGUGUGAACAUUGCAAUCUCUUUGACCACAAGGCUGUGGUUGGAAAACCCUGCUUUUUUGAGCAGAUGGUGCAGAUUGCUAGGCAAGGCAGUGCAUUCCUAUGUGCAAACUGUUGAAUCUGGAGUGCCGUUUGCCUUGCCUUUCCAUUAUUUUGGCAGGUUUUCCCUGAGUCAAAGCUUAGGAGAGUUUCUGCAUGUCCUAGAAGGAACCCAUUUUGCAGAAAUAAGGAGUAAUUCCUCGCCGUUCUGUUCUUACCUUUACAGCACCAAUAUCCACCUCUUUCCCCAAGCCCAAGCUUCUGAAACCACAAAGGAAAGUCCUUCUGGUGAGUAGCCCAACAAAGGCAUAUCCAAUUCUCACUUUCACCCAGGUGAUUGCGUGGAUAGGAUUCCCUCCUAACUAUAGUGACAAGUUUUGCUUGUGCCUUCUAGGUGCAUAGCUCAUUUUAGCUGGAAGGUAAAGGUACCCCUGCCCGUACGGGCCAGUCAUGUCCGACUCUAGGGUUGUGCGCUCAUCUCGCUCAAGAGGCCGGGAGCCAGCGCUGUCCGGAGACACUUCCGGGUCACGUGGCCAGCGUGACGAAGCUGCUCUGGCGAGCCAGCACCAGCGCAGCACACAGAAACGCCGUUUACCUUCCCGCUAGGUAAGCGGUACCUAUUUAUCUACUUCCACUUAGGGGUGCUUUUGAACUGCUAGGUGGGCAGGAGCUGGGACCGAACGACGGGAGCUCACCCCGCCGCGGGGAUUCGAACCGCCAACCAUGCGAUCGGCAAGUCCAAGGCACUGAGGUUUUACCCACAGCGCCACCCGCGUCCCCAACACGUCCCCUAUCCGCUGGAAGGUAGACCAUAGAUUUUUGGGACGCGGGUGGUGCUGUGGGUUAAACCACAGAGCCCAGGACUUGCCAAUCAGAAGGUUGGCUGUUUGAAUCCCCGCGACGGGAUGAGCUCCCAUUGCUCAGUCCCUGCUCCUGCCCACCUAGCAGUUCGAAAGCACAUCAAAGUGCAAGUAGAUAAAUAGGUACCGCUCUGGCGGGAAGGUAAACGGCGUUUCCGUGCGCUGCUCUGGUUCGCCAGAAGCGGCUUAGUCAUGCUGGCCACAUGACCCAGAAGCUGUCUGCGGACAAACGCCUGCUCCCAUGGCCAAUAAAGUGAGAUGAACGCCGCAACCCCAGAGUCGUUCACGACUGGACUUAACUGUCAGGGGUCCUUUACCUUUACCUUUAGACCAUAGACUAGAUAUCAGGUGGGCUUCUUCAUUUGUGGCCCAGGAAAAAUGCCCUAGUACCCACUAUUUAAAGACCUCCUAUUCACUUGAAACCUCUGAGAAGUUACAGGAUGGUGCCCAUCAGCUGUUUAGCAAGGGAAGGAGAUGUAGAGCAGGGAGGGCGAAAUUCAGCUCCCCCUCUCAACAGCUGCCAGCACAGCUGGCAAGGAUUCUGUAUGUGUAACUUGAAUGUAUCCUUCUGCCAGACUGUGUGUGUAAGCACUUUUUAAACUUCUCCCUUUCCAAAAUAAAUUCUGGGUCUGCCUAAAAUAGCAGGGAAGGCUUGGUUCUGAAGUUGACAAGCUUGCAGUGAUCCAGGAUCAGAUUUCAUGCCUAUUAGUUUUGGUAAAAUGUAGAGGAGCACUUUAGAUAUAGGGAGUUUAACCCACCCGCCCACAAACACACUCACACAGUUUUUACAGAUGACACUUCUCCCACCCCCCAACCCCCCAGUUUUCCCUAAUACAAAAAUGUUAAUGGAGAAUUGCAGUACAUAUAUUGGCUAUUUUUUAAUAAUAAUAAUAAUAAUAAUAGUAAUAUGCAGAUAUUGUGCUAGAUGACAUUUGCUGUUUAGUUGCAGAUAUAUAUAGCUAAUACUUCUGUUUUUAAAAAAAGGAAAUAUACAAAAUGGAAAUGCAUAUGGCCUCCACCAAAUGCACACGCCUCUAUUUUGCCCAUUACAAAAUGUAAUAACAAGCUAGGUACACAGUGUCUCAGGGCCUCAUCAAAUGAUGAGACUGGACUGCCAGAACAAUUGGCAACAUUGUCAUUUCCUAACCUUUCCCACAGACUACAGCAGAGGUCAUAAGAAUCAUAGAAUCAUAGAGUUGGAAGAGACCACAAGGGCCAUCGAGUCCAACCCCCUGCCAAGCAGGAAACACCAUCAGAGCACUCCUGACAUAUGGUUGUCAAGCCUCUGCUUAAAGACCUCCAAAGAAGGAGACUCCACCACACUCCUUGGCAGCAAAUUCCACUGUCGAACAGCUCUUACUAUCAGGAAGUUCUUCCUAAUGUUUAGGUGGAAUCUACUUUCUUGUAGUUUGGAUCCAUUGCUCCGUGUCCGCUUCUCUGGAGCAGCAGAAAACAACCUUUCUCCCUCCUCUAUGUGACAUCCUUUUAUAUAUUUGAACAUGGCUAUCAUAUCACCCCUUAACCUCCUCUUCUCCAGGCUAAGAGGCUAGAGGUGGUCAACUGCUGGCCCAUGGGGCUGAUUCGCUCCCACAAAAGUGAUUUUCUAUGGCUCCCCCCAAUUAUUUGGAGGCAGAAAGAAAAGUACUGACCACUAGGGGUGGGCAAUACCUGUGUUUCAACAUCGUGAUAUGUUGUUGUUGUUGUUUAGUCGUUUAGUCGUGUUCGACUCUUCGUGACCCCCUGGACCAGAGCACGCCAGGCUCCCCUGUCUUCCACUGCCUCACGCAGUUUGGUCAAACUCAUGCUGGUAGCUUUGAGAACACUAUCCAACCAUCUCAUCCUCUGUCGUCCCCUUCUCCUUGUGCCCUCCAUCUUUCCCAUCAUCAGGGUCUUUUCCAGGGAGUCUUCUCUUCUCAUGAGGUGGCCAAAGUCUUGGAGUCUCAGCUUCAGGAUCUGUCCUUCUAGUGAGCACUCAGGGCUGAUUUCCUUCAGAAUGGAGAGGUUUGAUCUUCUUGCAGUCCAUGGGACUCUCAAGAGUCUCCUGCAACACCAUAAUUCAAAAGCAUCAAUUCUUCGGCGAUCAGCCUUCUUUAUGGUCCAGCUCUCACUUCCAUGCAUCACUACUGGGAAAACCAUAGCUUUAACUCUACUGAUAUAUCGCAAGGUUUGAAAUAAGGAUGGAACUUUGUUGAGGCAUUGGCUGGCUUCACGGUUUUUCCCACGACAGGUCCAAAAUCAGUAUCACAAUAUGGAUUUUGGGUGAAAUAUUGCUUUAUCGCCCAGCCCUACUGACCACAUUGGGACUCUGCAGAGUUUCAUGGUGGCCUCAGAAUCAGCACUGGGCUCCCAAUUGGUACAGUGCAGUUUGGGGAUCUUUGCGGUGACCAUGACAGCGUCAUGGUGUCAGAUUCCUCCUUCCCAUUGCUCCUUGUGAGUCUUUCCUUGAGUGCUUCCACAGGGCCUGGAGCCUUGGAGUGAUUGGGAACAUAGGAAGUUGCGUAAGUCAGACCAUUGGUCUAUUGAGUUCCAUGUAGUCUACAUGGACUGACCCACCAGAAUCACAAGUCUUGGUGUUGACGGGUGAAUGAAUCUAGUGUCUAGCACUGCAGAUGGCCCUCUUUGGAGAGGUGUUUGGUAACUCUUAAAAUCACCCACACUAAGCAGAGAGGGCUGGUUAACACCCUUCUUCCUUGCCAUUUGCUUGUUCACAACUAUUCCCAACCUGCCUUUUCUCCAUUCAAAGAAAAAGUUACGAGAGGCCAAUAUCUUUUCUCUUGUUGCUGGAAACUGCCAGGCAUAUGAAUCAUGUCAAGUACCCAUCUCUUUCCCCAUUAACAGCAAAAACAUGCUGAAAACUAUUAACCACCACCCAGCAGCUUCAGAAAGAGAAACAAAGAUUGCCACAACUAUUCGCCAGCAUGUUUGUGUACAGUCGCACCUUGGUUUUCGAACAGCUUAGUUCUCAAACGUUUUGGCUCCCAAAUGUCGCAAACCUGGAAGUGACUGUUUUGGUUUGUGAGCUAUUUUUGGAAGCCGGAUGUCCAUCGGGGCUUUCAAUUGGCUGUGGGAGCUUCCAGCGGCCAAACGGAAGCCGCGCUUUGGUUUUCGGACGUCUUGGAAGUCAAAUGGACCUGGAACGGAUUCCGUUCGACUUCCAAGGCACAACUGUAUUAGGAAGAGAAGAGCCAAUGGUGAAUUGCAGUUGGUCAUCAAGAGAAGCCCUAUUAAAGAGGGCCGUUCUCCCCAUUGCCUUGCUGCCCCAACAUCUGUUCCAAUUUUAUGGCAUUUUCUGGGCGUGGGCAGAGAUGAUGUCGUUGGCUCUACAUUUCUGCCCUAAAUCUAUUUUCUUCCAUGAUAUACUUCACAAGUGCUUUCUAAAGCAUCGAGAAUAUAUUUUUUUGGGGGGGUGGGGGGAAUCACAAGGGCCCCCUGCUGUCUCCAGCAGUUGGGUUUGGGUGCCCAUUUUGUUGCAGCUGUUGCUGCUUUAAUUUCCAGGUCAAAAUGGUGUUCUGAGAAGCCUAUGCGGUUACACGCUGGGAAAGUUUCAUCUUAACUUUCAUCGCGCAAAGCUCUCUUUCCAACUAAGCAAACUUGGCAAAAUAUAAUUAAAGAUAGACAAUGGCAGCGCACACACCCCUCCUCCGAUUUUUGCCUGGGAAAGGGGCUAUGAUAAAGCUGUAUCUCCCAUGCUCAGUUAUUACACAUCCUUUGUCGAGAACUGUAUGUGCUCCACAAUUUUGAACCUCCUGUGUGUUUCCUCAUAUUUUCAAUCAAAUUAUUACAUACUGGAAAUAUGCAUAAGGGAAAUUAUUCUACACAUUUUAUGGUGCGCCGUUGCUUGUAGCAGUAAUUGAAGUACCUUUUCCACUUAUGAAAGUACUAAUUUUAUUUGCUUUUAUUGCUUUUCUAGAUGCAAUUAUUUAUUUAGUGUGUUUUGGCUUUAUUAAAUUAUGUUUACUAUAGGAACAUCAUAAAAAUGUAUGAAAGUAACACAUCAGCCAAUGCUGCCCGGUGACCUGUAUUGGAAGAAUCGAGUGUUAUUUUUCAUAUCCAAACUUAAUAGAAUAAAGUAGGAAUAAAGAGAUAAUCUACCCAAGAAAACAAUGCAAUUUCCAGAUAAUAUAAUAAUACACCUGGACAAUGUGAUUUCAUAAAUCUUAGCUCUAAAAUUUACAUGAGCUGGGUGUUGCAGGGCCGUUUUUGGAUUCAUGAUGUUUUGGGAUGGAAUUGGAAUGAGAAAUGUAAUCAAGGAGGGGAAGAAAAGGGCCUGUUGGUUUGGCAUGAACAGAAGGUGCCCACAAGAGCAAAACACAAAGGCUAAAUGGGCCUAGCCUCCUGAAACCGAACUCUAGAGUUCAUCCAGUCAUGCUUCCUCAUAUGUGAGGCCUAUGGAAAACCUUUACCAUCUGCACUAGACUACUUGAACCCUCCAAAUGGAGACUGACAUGGCUGAAUUCUAAUAUAUAUCACAGCACAGACAGAAAGAGAGCAUGUCAAUGAAGAGAGUUCCAAUGUAACCUCCCUGAUCUACCUGGUUUCUAUGUUUACCACCUUCUUCUUCUUCUUCUUCUUCUUCUUCUUCUUCUUCUUCUUCUUCUUCUUCUUCUUCUUCUGUGAUCGCUCAUAGCCAACUCAGAUUGUCUUCCAUGAAUAUGGUCUUAACAGUUUGUCCAUAAGUGACUGUGGAAUCCAAUCCUUCCACAGCGGGGACAUAGGUUUCUGGGCGGGAGUUGGUCACGGUGAGGAUUUGCCAAGUGUGCCUUCCUCUUGGCACAUUUCUCCCUUUCGUCCUGGGUUCAGGCGUCUUCAAAGUCCAUGGCACUUUUGGUAAAGGCUGUUCUCCAGUUGGAGCGCUCACAGGCCAGUGUUUCCCAGUUGUCGGUGUUUAUACUAAAAAAAAAAUAAUUUGCCCUGAGUGCAUCUUUAAAGCUCUUUUGUUGACCACCAGCAUUAUGCUUUCCAUUUUUAAGUUGGGAAUAGAGUGGUUGCUUUGGAAGAUGAUAAUCAGACAUCCAAACAACAUGACUAGUCUAACAAAAUUGAUGUUGAAGAAUCAUUGCAUCUUCCAGUACACUGACAUUUAGUUUGCCUGUCUUUCCAAGUGAUUAUAUAUAUAUAUAAUUUGUUGUUGUUUAGUCGUUUAGUCGUGUCCAACUCUUCGUGACCAGUUUGGUCAAACUCAUGCUGGUAGCUUCGAGAACACUGUCCAACCAUCUUGUCCUCUGUCGUCCCCUUCUCCUUGUGCCCUCAAUCUUUCCCAACAUCAGGGUCUUUUCCAGGGAGUCUUCUCUUCUCCUGAGGUAGCCAAAGUAUUGGAGCCUCAGCUUCAGGAUCUGUCCUUCCAGUGAGCACUCAGAGCUGAUUUCCUUAAGAAUGGAGAGGUUUGAUCUUCUUGCAGUCCAUGGGACUCUCAAGAGUCUCCUCCAGCACCGUAAUUCAAAAGCAUCAAUUCUUCGGCGAUCAGCCUUCUUUAUGGUCUUUAUGGUCCAUAUAUAUACAUAUAUAGACAUUGUUGGUAGAAUCUUUCGAAGAGCUAGAGAUGGCAUUUAUAAGUGGUUCCUGUUUCGCACGCGUACAGUACAGUUGGUAGUACAAUAGCUUUGUAAAGCAUUUCGGUUUUCCUACAAAUGUCCCGGUAAGGUUACCAUGACUUCUAGGUGAGUGCUAGGCACUAUGUACUGAAGGUUUCAGUAUAGGUCAGGGAGCAUUCAGAAGAACACUGUUGAGCUAUAUAUUGAAGACCAGGGUGGAGAAGUGGUUCUACUUUGGGUUUGCUGCCGCUUGUUGCCUUUUUAUAUAUCUAAUUUUAAUUGGGCAUUUUCCACACAAGUUUUGUAUUUCUGCCUAUAAAAUAGACAUCUUAGCUUGCAGGCCUAUGCAUUCUUACUUGGGAGUUAAGCCCCAUUUAAAUCAGUGGGACUUACUUCUGAGUAAACAUGUGCUGUUGAUUAAGUCAUCUCAGAGUAAGCCCACUGAGCUUAAUGGACAUGGCUAACUUGGAUCCGUUAAUUUCGGCGGGUCUACUCUAAAUAAAUCUCAGUUGGAUACAACCUUCUGAUUCAUGUUUGAGGAACUGAUUCUAUAUGUAACCGGGGAAGCCCUGGCUCCGGGCCAUAGAUUUAUUUUGCUGCUGCCGUUGUUCAUUUUACUGCUGUCGCAUGUUUGCUAAAAGGCAGACUGCCAAAUUACCCAGUAAACUCAAUUGAAUGGACACACUUCUCCAAUUGUGUUUUGCAGCCAAAAAUCGCUGAUGAGAAUCUAACCUAUGCUGAACUGGAACUCAUCAAACCUCACCAGGAAGCUCAAGGCAUUCCUACUAUGACUGUUUACGCUCAGAUUCUCUUUGAAGAAAACAAGAUGUAA